AUGGGAUUACGGUACACAUCAUACAUUGAAAGACCUUCAAAUUUAACAUUUAAAGAGAAAAAACGUUCAUCAUACAAUAGCAUUAGUAACAACCGAUCUCGUAAUGAAAACGUAGGAACAAAUCGAAGUGGUAUAUUUUCAUCAGCUCCAUCUCCAAUUCCACCACCAAGACAUCUUCGUUAUGAAAAUGGUGCCUUUAGAAUCGUGAGAACUCCAUCAUCAGUGGUCACUACUUCAUUGAUUUAUCCUCAUUUAAAUCAUGAAUCCAGUACCAGAUCAUAUCGAAAUGGUCGUCGCAAUCAUCGUAAUCAUCAAAAUCGUCAUACUGUAUUCUCUCCCACAGAUAAUGAUUUCAAUUCAAUCUAUAAUAAUCAAUACGAUGAAAAUGGGAAUGGAAAUGAAAAUGAAAAUGAUGAAUAUUAUGAUGAAGAUGAAGAUGGUGAAGGAGUCGAGCAUGAUAAUAUGUUAUUUGAUAAUAGAAUGUCUGGGAUAACAAGAUCAAUAGCACCAUCUAAUGGUAGUAUUAGUCUUAAGAAAUUCAUGACAUUUGGAUGUCGUCAUUGUAGGACACAUUUAUCAUCAUCUAAUGAAAUUAUGUCCAAAGAUUAUAGAGGCAAGACUGGAGAUGCAUAUUUGAUGGAUCAUGUGGUUAAUGUUAUUGAAGGUACUAUGGAAACAAGACCAAUGAUUACGGGGGAAUAUUUGGUUUGUGAUAUCUUAUGCCAUUGGUGUAAGAAUUUAGUUGGUUGGAAAUAUAUUCAAAGUGAAAUGAAUGAUCAAAAAUUCAAAGAAGGGAAAUAUAUCUUGGAGUUGGAAACUAUUUGUCUUUGUGAUUAA